AGCGCAAGGUGAAACACAGUCUAGUUGAGAACCAUUGCUGAUUCGUCAGGCUAUGAGUAAGGUGCCGAUUCGGAGCUUGCCGGAGAGUCAGCACCAAGCGUCCAACUGAGCGAAGACGCCUGGUCCUUACCGUUUUUCUCUUAUCGCUAUCCGAUUAUUAGUAUCCACACAUCAUACCCAUAGCACAGUUCCUUACUUUCACCAACUUAAUCACUCUCUUACAUCCAUAAGACCUCGAACGCAUUCAUUUCUUUCUUAAUACACUCAAGUAUACGCGCUCAAUCCUCUCGUCGCCACCAAUGACUCACCAACACCUAAACCUCCAACUCCUGAGUUCUUCAUCGCCUCAAGCCAGCUCUUCAGGCCCAACUGCACCACCUGAGGUUUUUCCUCCAACGGAACCAACGGAAAUCCCAGCAGACCAGGGACGAAGUACAGCACGGCCCAGGGCAGCGGCAACAAGGCACUCUGCCAGAAUCGCCAGCGUAGGCGCCGACGCCGAGGACACAUCACCAACCCAAGGCAGCACGUCUCGAACGACACCUCUGCCCGGCGUGCCAGCAAAGUCAACGACCAAGCUGGCAGCCAAGCCGUCAGCCAAGCAGGCGGCUCAUCAGGAAAAUGCAAAAUCUAUGGCCAUCUCGCGAGAUCCAGAAGUCUACCCAGAGCCUGAUCAAACACCCCCAGUCAACAUACCAGACGCCCCAAGUCCUCAGGCUCACCCAGCCCCGGCACCUGUGCAACAAGCAGUAGACAUAGCGGCGUUGCUUGCACACAUAGCGCAGCUAGAGCAAGAGCAAACAGCCAGGGCCACGCAGCCAGCGGAACCCUCCAGCAGGACAAUUCCCCCCACGCUUUUCGUUUCGCCAGAAGAAGUCGAGAAAGCAAGAGCCGCCGUCGUAGCAGCCAGGAAGGACGAAUCCAAAGUCACCCUCCCAGAGAUAGUGCCAGGAUUCAAAGCGAACCCCCUCGACACCGGUGAGAUUCCUUUACCUUUCAUCUCCCCAUCCGAUAGUUCCCCUCUUGUUUCAACACUGCAUUUCACGCACACCGAGGGCAAUGUUCAGCGCCUUGGGUCCCUACCCCCCAACAACCCAAGGCGCGCAGACGCAUUUGCGCGCUCGCAUGCACUCGUUUUGUCACCGUCGCUGAGCUAA